AUGACUGGUCAACUGAUCAAGGCGCCCUUCAUCGCCAGUGACUUGGGCGCCAUCCUGCCCGUGUUUGCUGAAGGCAAAGUCAGGGAGGUGUACAAGAUCGAUGAAAACACCCUUCUUUUUGUGGCGUCCGAUAGAGUUUCAGCGUACGAUGUGAUUCUUGCAAAUGGCGUACGCAACAAGGGCGUGAUUCUCACUCUCAUCUCUGCCUAUUGGUUCAAGUUCCUCAAAGCAGCCUUGCCAACUCUCCAGAGCCAUUUUAUUGGCCUUGAACUGCCUGCUCAGAUCCCCCAGGAGCUUCGACGGAGCUACCAAAACCGAAGCAUGGUCGUGCGCAAGGUCAAGGUCUUCCCAAUCGAAUCAAUUGUGCGUGGCUACAUCGCUGGCUCAGCAUGGAGAGAAUAUCAAGAGUCUAGCACUGUCCAUGGAAUAUCUAUGCCCUCAGGCCUUAUUGAAAGUUGCCGACUUCCCAAAGCACUGUGGACCCCCAGUACCAAAGCGGACCAGGGAGACCAUGACAUCAAUAUUCACCCUAGAGAUGCUGGCAAACUCAUUGGCCAAAAAUAUGCCGACAAAAUUCAAAGCAUUUCAGUCACGCUUUAUAACGUGGCUUAUGCACACGCCUUCUCUCGAGGAAUUAUUAUUGCCGAUACGAAGUUUGAAUUUGGUCUCGACGUUGAAACCGACCAGAUUAUUCUCAUUGAUGAGGUCUUGACCCCGGAUUCCUCUCGUUUCUGGUCAGCCAGCAAGUACGAAGCGGGCCGACCCCAGGAAAGCUUCGAUAAGCAGUUCUUGAGGGACUGGUUGACCUCUAAUGGGUUGGCUGAAAUGGAAAACGUUGAAAUUCCAGCUGAUAUUGCCAGAAAGACUGAACUCAAGUACUACGAGGCAUUCGAGAGGAUUACUGGAAAUGCCUUUCAGGAUGACAUGCCCUCUGUUCCCGAGGGGGGAAAUCCAGCCGAAUGA